CGCUUAUGUUGUUCGUCGUGUUUUUAGCAUGAAAUAUGAUGACGUCGCCGGGUCUGUAACGUAGCUGCACGAGCGUCCGUCGCGAGUCAAGUGACGCACAGUAGAAGCGGGACGCUCUUCAUUUCUCUUACUGGCUACUAGGUCCUUGUGAUUGAACCACUUCGAAUGUACACUUUCGAAGUUAUGUAGGCUUUAAUCCCGCCAGGGCACCGCGAUGCUAGCGUGACGGUGUUUCUCCAACCGCAGCAUCUGACUCGGCUAACGUCAUGGAGAUGGACCAAGUGACUGCGGAACCUGGCCGGAGGAAUGCGGAGGAAGCUGAGCUCAGUCUACAGCUGGACCUCGCUGACACAGAUCCAGCCAAAAAGGGUCAAGUAGAGAUGCCAUCCCCAUUUGGAGCAGCCCAAGCUCAUGAGAAGAAAAUUGGCCACAGAAGAGUAGAUGCCUCGGGAGAGACAACAUACAAGAAGACCUCCUCCUCUGCCUUAAAAGGGGCCAUCCAACUGGGGAUUGGAUAUACUGUAGGCAAUCUCAGCUCCAAGCCUGAAAGAGAUGUGCUCAUGCAGGACUUCUAUGUGGUAGAAAGUAUCUUCUUCCCCAGCGAGGGCAGUAACCUCACACCGGCCCACCACUUUCCAGACUUUAGGUUUAAAACGUACGCCCCUGUGGCUUUCCGCUACUUCAGGGAACUGUUUGGGAUCCGACCAGAUGACUACCUGUAUUCCCUAUGUAACGAGCCACUGAUUGAGUUAACCAAUCCUGGAGCUAGUGGCUCCAUUUUCUACGUAACACGUGAUGAUGAGUUCAUCAUCAAAACUGUCCAACACAAGGAGGCAGAGUUUCUACAGAAAUUGCUUCCUGGCUACUACAUGAAUUUGAACCAGAACCCUCGGACAUUGCUGCCAAAGUUCUUUGGCCUCUAUUGUGUCCAAUGCGGGGGUAAAAACAUCAGAGUUGUCGUGAUGAACAAUAUUCUACCGCGUUCUGUACGCAUGCACCUUAAAUUUGACUUGAAGGGCUCCACUUACAAGAGGCGAGCAUCUAAGAAGGAGCGGGAGAAAACCAGACCCACUUUUAAAGAUCUGGACUUUCUGAGUGACGUUCCCGAGGGCCUCAGUCUGGACCAGGACACAUACAAUGCUCUGCUCAAAACUCUGCAAAGAGACUGUCUGGUGCUGGAGAGUUUUAAGAUUAUGGACUACAGUUUGCUCCUUGGGGUCCACAAUAAAACACAAGCACAGAGAGAGCGUCAGUCCCAGGGUUCACCAGCGGGUGGCGUGGAUGAAAUGCGGCCUGCGGCCCAGAAAGCUCUGUACUCCACUGCAAUUGAGUCUAUACAGGGAGGGUCCACAUGCAGGGAAACUCUAGACCAUGAUGACACAAUGGGUGGCAUUCCAGCUGUGGGAGGCAAAGGCGAGCACCUCCUUCUGUUCAUUGGUAUCAUCGACAUUCUGCAGUCCUAUCGAUUGAUCAAGAAAUUGGAGCACUCCUGGAAGUCUCUCAUCCAUGACGGGGACACAGUGUCAGUUCACAGGCCGGGUUUCUACGCUGAGCGCUUCUACAAAUUUUGUAGCGGCGUCGUCUUCAAGAAGAGUUGCUCACUGAGGCCAUCACCUUCUAAAAGGGGUCGAGGAGUUCUCGCCAUGUUCAAAUCUACUGCUGGUGGAUCUGGGUCGGCCGGUCAGCAUCCCUCGCAGAGUGAUGAGAGGCAGGAAAACCUGGACAACCUGGAGAGCCUGCGAGGGCCUCAUAGCUUCCUGGUGCUGGAGGACACUGGGAGAGAGCCAGCCUGCACGCCGCCCUCCUUUGAAGACACCACCACAGUAUCUAUUGCCACCACGCUCUCCUCUAACAACUCCUUACCCACCACCCCCUUCGAUACACCAGAGCACCCGCGAUGCCGGAAACUACUGCUCUCACCCAAUGUGGCCAAAUCCCACAAAGAGGUGGUUGACCUUCAUGAGAAGAAGCAGGACACCAUAACAGUAGAGGUCGAGCUCAGUAAAAUUCCAUCCAGCACAGAGCUCACACAGAGGACAGAAGCAACCUCGCCAGCUGACAAUCAGCCCAGCUUCAUUCCUCCAUCCUAUCAUCCUCCCUUCAAUCCCUCAUCUGCACAUUACUCCUCUACCCUUCCUCCCACCUUCCUGUCCUCCUCCACCAAUGCUCAAUCAGCUUGCCAGUCCUCCUCCACACUUUCCUCUUCCAUCCGCCCCUCCACCAAACCACUCACCUCUCCAUCCUCCCCCCUCACACACACGUUCGCUCGCACAGCCACGCAACCCACAUGCUCCACUUCAGCGAAGCCUUCGGUCCCAAAUGCAACCACACUCCAGCCGUCCUCAGGAUUUGUCCCCAUCCGUCCCGCGUCCCCUCACUCUUCCAUGCAAAGUUCCUCCCCCCGUCUCCCUUCAGGCGACCCAUUGAGCACUCCGGUGCCACAAGACUCGUGCAAUCAGCUGUCUGUCUCCAGCAGCCACAACUCACUGGAUGGGGAGGUGCAGGUUUCCGAUAUCUACUUCUAUGCAGAUGGCAGAUAUUGGGUAUACUCUCCUGUUCUUGGCCGUCGUAAGCUAAACUCUAGCUCGAGUUACACUAUUCAGGAGGACCGGAGCUGCAUGCAUUCUCCUCACUCCGGCUCAGAAGAUGACUCAUGAGGAAUGAGAGACAGUGCUCAGAGGGGAAGCUGCAAGAACCAGGAAGGGUGCACGGAGCACAAGCUGUGAGAUUUUACGAAAUCAUAAAGGCAAGAUGCAAAUUUAAUGAUACAGUACUCUUUGAUGCCGAGAGCUUGGGCCGCAUGUGGACUUUUAACAACUGUGAAACAGAUCGACAGAACAAUCACACUUUAAAGCAUUUAGCAUGGCGUGAAAUAUGUUCAGCAUUGAUGGCGCUCUGCCAGCAAUGGCUAUGCCAUAUGGACACUUUAUGGUGUUUAUUUUUUUAGCAAUACUUACAUCCAGGAUGUAUUAUUAAUUUAUUGCACACUAUUAAUGCAACUAUCUGUUGUAGUUGUUAUUUUGUCAUAAUUGUUAUUGACAGAUAUUGUUGUUGUUUUUUUCACUAUGUGGACACAAUGUCUACUGAUUCAUGGGUCAAAAUGCCUUAUUGACUAACUAACAAAAAAAGUCACAUUUAGAUCGACAAUUUGUCUGAAUGUUUAUUGUGAGAUAUUUGCAGUUUUUGACUAAGAGCAUAAUGAGCAUCCUUGUUUUCAUGAAAAACUAUUUUUUAAAAAUUCAUUUUUUAAAUUGUAGAUAAAAUGUGUGCUGUAGCACAGUCUUGCAUAAAUCUAUGCAUGCCUGUAAAUAACAUGAGAAUUUAGUAUGAAAUUGUAUGAAAAAUUGAGUACUAUAAUAUAAUUACGGAGCCUGUGCAAGGUCAAUACAAUAACUUUCUAUAUGAAAGCCGACAGUGUCGUCACAAGUUAAUCCCUUUUUUUUUUUUUUUUUUUUUUGCAUGUACAGUACUGUACGGAUUUGCUUGCAGUUUCUUCCUGCCUAUUUGUCCAAAUGUCAAUAUGUUGUAUAUUUAUUGAUGUCAGCCAGCUAUUAGCAUGUAGAAAAUGUGAGAAACUGGAUAUGUCCAACGAUACUAGAGAAAUUACUGAAUAAAGGGUCUGUAACUGUA